UCAUUCAUUUCUUCAUUUCUGAUCACAGACUCCUCUUUCUCUUAGGCAACAUGGAGACAAAAUGGCUACUUCUUUUGACAAUGGCGAUUUUAUCUUUAUUAGUUUUUGUGCAUGGAGAUGAAGAGAUGUCUUCGGUAAAGCCGAUAGUGAAAAUCGUGAAGGGCAAGAAGCUGUGCGACAAGGGGUGGGAGUGCAAAGGGUUCUCAGAGUAUUGUUGCAACCAAACCGUAUCUGAUUAUUUCCAAACCUAUCAAUUUGAGAACCUUUUCUCAAAGCGUAACACACCUGUGGCUCAUGCAGUAGGGUUCUGGGAUUACCAUUCUUUCAUCACUGCGGCUGCUUUGCAUCAGCCUAAGGGUUUUGGUACAACAGGAGGGAAGCUUAUGGGCCAGAAGGAAGUCGCAGCUUUUCUCGGCCAUGUAGGGAGCAAAACCUCAUGCGGUUAUGGAGUGGCCACGGGCGGUCCAUUGGCUUGGGGUCUUUGCUACAACAAGGAAAUGAGCCCUAGCCAAACAUAUUGUGAUGAAAGCUUCAAAUUCACCUAUCCAUGCACUCCUGGAGUUUCAUAUCAUGGCCGUGGUGCCUUGCCUCUUUACUGGAACUACAACUAUGGAGAAACCGGAGAGGCCUUAAAGGUGGAUCUGUUGAACCAUCCAGAGUAUCUAGAAGACAACGCGACAUUGGCCUUCCAAACUGCAAUUUGGAGGUGGAUGACUCCGGUGAAGAAGCAUCAGCCUUCGGCUCACGAUGUCUUUGUUGGUAAAUGGAAACCCACCAAGAAUGAUACCGUGGCCAAGCGGGUUCCUGGUUUUGGCACCACCAUGAAUGUUCUCUAUGGAGAUCAAGUUUGUGGCAACGGUGACGAUCAUGAAUCCAUGAACAACAUUAUGUCCCAUUACUUGUACUACCUUGACCUGAUGGGCGUUGGGCGUGAAGAGGCAGGACCCAAUGAAGUGCUCGGCUGUGGCCAACAAAAGGUUUUCAACCCAUCAUCUUCCUCUUCCUCUUCAUCAUCUUCUUAAGCUUAAUUAGUAAGUCCUUGAUGGUGAUGAAUAAGAUCGCACGUGAGCUAAUCUUCGAUAAGGGAGUGGGCAAGUGUUAUUUUUGGAGAAUGAAUAUUCAAAACUUUGAUAUUAAUCUUCAAUUGUGUGUAGCUCUAUAUGUUAGCAUAGAAAAAGUAUAAUAUUGUAUAUUGAUUUGCUACUUCCUUUUGUUGCGUAAAUUUUGAGAUAUUAUUCUACCAAA